AGGGAAUGAUUGCUUCUUCGCUCACGUCCCCGACUUUCCCACAAAGCUUCGGCGGGGUGCGGGCGAAUGUGCCCGACACCCGCCAGCCUAUCCCAAAGCCCUCUCUGGGACGCAAAGAUGGCCGAAUUGACAGCAGCCCAAGGCUCACCUCGCGAGCUGCCAACCAUUGAGGUGGCUUCGCGUCGAUGCUUCCUAGGAUUCCAAAAAUGCGCGGAAACAGGGGAAUCUAUCCACCUGAGGCAGCGGUCGAUGCUUGAGGACCAGCUCACACGCUUCACCCUCUGGACGAAUAAUAUGGGUGUGUUUGCCGAAGGGCGGGCGUCUAUGGACCAUCGCCUUCGGGAGACACCUGACGUCCGUGUUGUCGUUGUUUGCGUGCUGGAAACCCUUUUCGACCACAUUGACGAUUGCGCGAUGCUUGUACCGGAGGAUGGUUCCGAGGAUGCUCCCAUAAUUGAAGAGAUGCUCGACCGAGUACUUCAAGGCAUGGCCGGAGAAAUAAGCAUGCUUUUUAGCGUGUCCAAUAUCAUCCGACGAGCGAGCCGCGAAUCUCAAAAUAUCAAAGCGGACGAGGAAAACACAGAGGUCGACCCUCUGCUCCAACAACGCUUCCUCUGGCACGUCCGUGGUCGGUUUCCAACUCCCCAUGAGGAUCCUGAUAAAGACCUCACCCCGGAACAACUGACCGAACGACUUGGCUGGGAACGGCUUACCGAACGACUUGCUUCAACCAUGCUUCUCCGUCGGAAGAGGGUUCUCUACAGGAGGUCUCGCUACGGCUCCAAUCCAAUCAGAACCAAAGGGGCUGAGCGGCCCACAGUCCAGUUUCCUAUGGCCACGGGCGAUAACAAAGCCCUGCACAAGCCCGUCCUUUCUCGUGCGAUCCCCAGCUUGGAUCGCUCUACAAGCGAUGCCAGAUCCCAUGCUCCCAGCACCGUAUCCUUUGGCCACAGCGCAACGACUUUAUCCCAGAAAAGGUUCCAAAAAGCUUCGACACUUUCCGUGAUAUCAGCUUCCCGCACAGUUGCUUUGACCAACCAAGAUGCCCUCGACUUUCCUCAACCUCCGCUGAGCUGCUUCGACGAGCAAUACCAGAAAAAGGUAGAACAAGAAUGGAGAAAAUUCAUAGAGGGGCUCGAAGAAAUACUAGGCGACAUAGGCACCUCGACGGCCUCCGAAAGGAUGGUGGGAGCAGUUGAGGCACUGGAUCUGGCGUUGAAGGAGGCAUUUCAGGCCUGUAUCACAAAAGUGGUAGAGUUCACAUGCCCAAUCUGUUUCCACACACUUCCUGGCGAGUAUCUUACGAUCAAGUCGAAAUGGCACUCACACAUCACCGGCGACCUCGACGCAUACGUAUGCCUCUUCGAAAAAUGCGACAGCCCAAGGGAACUUUACACCCACAGCAGCACUUGGAUGAGCCACAUGGAUGAGCACGCUCGACGCUGGUCGUGCAUUGCAAAGUCCCACGGAAAGCGCAACUUCGAAACAAAAGAGGAAUACAUCGACCACAUGAAAGGAGUUCACCCCGGCUCGUUUACCGACGGCCGGCUCGAGCUGCUUACUGAUAGAAGUUCUUGGACGCCAGAGCAGCUGUUCGACUCCUGCCCGCUCUGCGGCGGGAAUGUGGGCGCCGACAGCAUGAAGCAUCACAUUGUGACGCAUUUGAGGGCACUCGCCCUGACGUCCUUGCCCCCUGAGAAAAAAUACGAUCCGGAAAAUCCCCAUCACGACAACGACAGCCUUUCCUCGCACAGCUCCCAGUUGUCCAUCACACCGACGAUUGCAGAUUACACCUCGGACCAGGGUGACCAGCAGGCACAAGAUUAUCACCUGGCACUGGAAGUACACGAAGUAGAAGAAGACAGGGAGCCUCCAGAAGACGAAAGGGCAGAAGAACAGCUGCGCGAGGGCAUCCUGCAUUCGCCUUGGCAGUGCCUUCCCAGUUUUGCAGAUCCACCACAUCCACCACCAGCCGGUCAGUGGGAAGAGGAUCCGACCAUCCAAUCACUUCUCAAAAACAAGCAGGGUACUUUCGGCAGUCCAGAGUCCAUCUGCGAAACCAAGGAAGUUGCGCGGGCGCUGAGAAAGCUGCGAAAGCUUGUCGGCAAACAGCGCGCAGAUCUUGUCAAGAGUCGUCUUGAAGAGGCGGGCAAAGACGUCUGGGUCGAGGACGAGGUGAAGGAGGGCGUCUGGGGCUACAUAUUCCCCUUGGACACAAAGUACGGCCGUCGUGUCGUUUUGCGCGUUCGGGGCUCCCGCCCCCUCCCAGCAAAGGACCGCAAGAACAACCCGCUUUCUGGCGCCGAGGUCGGAAGUCCCGACUCGAACUUGAAAACUAAUCUACGUUCCCGGGGAUAUCUCAUCGGGAGGCAUCCUGAAUGCGACAUCGUCGUUGACGACCCUACGGCUUCGAAUCGACACUGCUUAAUAUUCCCUGAGCACAAGAACAACGGUACCGUUGUUUUUGUCGAGGAUCUUUCGGGCAACGGCACGUUCGUCAACGAGGCGCUCGUUGACCGGCGGAAAGAGCUUCAGGAAACAGACGAGAUCGCUGUCACGGCUGGGGCUCGUUUUAUUUUCCGCUAUCCCAAAUCACGUUCCACCAGCGCAUUCGCCCAACAGUAUACGCUUCUGGAAAAUAUCGGAAAGACCGAUAUUUCCGAGAUUCUCGCCUGCGUGGAAAAGUCAUCCGGCCACCGAUAUGGGGUUAGGGUGUUUUCCAAAACCCGCACCAGCGAAUUCGAAGGGCUGCAGGCUGAGAUCGCUACGCUUAUGGGAAUAAGCCACCCUAACAUCCUGAACCUGAAGGAUGUUUUCAACGAGGUUGAAGCGGUUUAUUUGGUUCUUGAGCCUGCCUUCGAGGGUGACCUGUACAAUUUUAUUGUAACAAGAAAAAGUCUUACUGAAGCCGAAUCACGCAACCUUUUUACUCAGCUUUUUUGCGCCGUAAAAUACCUGCAUGACCGAGGAAUCGUCCAUCGGGAUAUCAAACCCGAAAAAAUCUUAUUCAUAGACAAAGACAACCUGCAAGUUAAACUUGCAGACUUCGCCCUUUCUCAAAUCAUUGGGGAAGAGACCUUCAUGACAAGGCUUUGUGGAACUCCUAGCUACGUUGCGCCUGAAAUCCUUGCGGAUAGAAAGGAUAGGAAGUAUACCAAAGCCGUCGACGUAUGGUCUUUGGGCGUUGUUCUUUAUAUUUGCCUAUGCGGAUUUCCACCAUUCUCCGACGACUUGACCACUGAAAGCUUUCCUUACAACCUUUCGCAGCAAAUUCGGACGGACCGGUUUGAUUACCCUUCACCCUAUUGGGAUUCGGUCGGCGACCCAGCGCUGGAUUUGAUCGACAGCAUGCUUGUGGUAGAUCCGGAGAAGCGCUACACAGUCGACCAGUGCCUCGCUCACCCCUGGAUGAGACAGUCUCAGCCCUCAGUCAACGACGGCAGCAACGACGAGCCGGUCGAGGACCUCGCCGGACUCAAGCGGCGCACGCCGACCUUGCCUAUGAAUGUUGUGGAGGAGACUGCGGCGGAGAGAUCGGGCGAGGAUGCGCAGACGCCCAUGGAGCUUGAGGAUAAAAAUUCGCGGUCGCGCCAACAAGGGCCUUUGAGUGCGAAAUCUAUCCAUAGUGCCUCUUCUUCUCGUUGAUUUUCUGCCAUUUCUUUUGUUUGCGUGCCAUUUUGUGGGAAUCUCGCGGGAGUGUCUUUACUUGUUUCACCUCGGUUAUACAAAAUAUCCUUGGGCUACGGCAGCAACAUGUCGUCGUGGGCUUCUCGCGGUCCGGGACGGAGCUUCAGGGGGGGUUCACCGUCGUGGCGUGUCCAAGAGCUACUAUCCUGGGGAGUUCGUCGAGAUGGGCGGCAAGGGCGGCACAGCGCUGUUUGCGAACGACUUGGAUAGCAACGAGCCGGCGGCUGACAUUGGUGACGAGAAGGCCAGGAGCGAGGGAGGCCGGGAAUGGGAAAUCGAAAGUUGACGGCCUGAUCUUUGGGAUGGGUGCGCGCGCGCGAGUUGCCACACGACCGCACCCUUGGGCGAAAUAACCAGUUCUCCCAUCUAGCCAUUCCGACACCACCGUCCGUAUCUUGUCCUUGCGGCAGCCCAAGCACGUGAUGGGAACCGUUGCAAAUGGCAGUGGCGGCAGCACCGGAACCGCUUGGAAAGUUGAUAAAAACACGCGGCCGCAGCUUGAUAGGAAGGCGGCGACCGUUUCAGCUUUGAAGGGUUGACAAGGGCAGAGGAGGGGUCGCUAAUGGCGGGGCGGUUGACGUGGACGGCAACUCUUUGGGCAUUUUCUGGGCGAGUUUGCUGCGGCGCUUGUUGUGGAAAGUGCCUGGUGCUUCGGGGUGGUUCACUUCUGUGGAGGGCGUUUGUUUUAUGUACCUACUAGGUAGGUAGGUGCUUUUACACUAUGAGCAGUCCCUUGGAACCUCACGGCAGUGUCUAAUAGAAAGGAAGCUGUUGAUAUGGCUCACGCCAAACAACCUGGCUCGAUACUAUAGGCUUGGAAAUGCAGCCUGAUAUG